AUGGCAGUUGCCCCGCUAGAGAGCUCUAGCACCCCGCCUGACACUACAUCGACCGACACGACGCGUUCUCCCGGCGAUUCCAUGGAAGAAAUCGACCCCCAAUCUACUCGAAAGCGCCCCCGUCUCGAUAGUGGAAGCGGCGUCUGCGAAUCUUUAUCCCUCGUUAACGAGAUUGUGACGGUCCCCGAAUCUACCCCGGAUGCUCCUGCCAUAACAGACGAGGAAGCUCCUGUGUUGAAACGUUCGGCCAGCAGGAUGACUAUCAACAUGAAAUCCCCGGCGACGCCUCCCACUCCUAACACCCCCGACAACCCCACUCCAGACUCAGAGCAGAGCCUCGUCGAAGAGAUGGACCCUGUCGCCUCUGCGCAACCCAUCAGCGAACAACCGACAAAUGUCGUUUCAUUAUCGUCGUCGCCUGCCCAGAGCCCCGAAAUUGAGGUCGCGGAGCUGGAGGAUAUGGAUCAAGAUCCGAAUACCACAAGCUGGAAGCCUUUAGGUGAAGCGUUGAAGGUUCCUUCAGUGCCGGACGUCGUGCAGCUUCGCACCCCCGAACCCGUUGACUUACCGGGCAUCUUUCCGUGGCUUAGUGUUGAGCAAGAACCACGCGAGAAUUUGGCGGAAAUAUGUAUGGCGAUCGAAAAAGAAUCGCACGUUGAUACGAUGAUCUUCGGCGCAGUAAAACAGUGGUUCGACGAAGUGGUGAACGCGUUGGAGCAUUUAACUUCCGAUGUUUUCAUGGAAUCCCGGCAAUUUUGGGAUGAGAUCCCAAUAGUGUUGGAAAACUUGCUUCGCCGAGCGGAUGCAUUUCACUACGAUGAUGCCGCGGAAUUUUGGACAACUCUGGAAGAGCUCUGCCUCAACUAUAUUCGCCUAUCUCUUCACCUGAUGCAUAUGGAUACCCUUGUUCUGAGGCAGUCAGCCAAUGAAUCUGACCUGUCUGGACUCGAUAUAAUGUCGCGACACUACAUCCAAGCAUUUAGAUGGUCGUUGUCACUCGAGAGAACCCCUAUCUUCAGAACGAUGCGGACAAGAUAUCGCACCGCAGCUUCGAAUACGAUAGCGCGCCUCAUCGACCAGAUGACUAUUACUUCGCUCAACGGGCCGCAAUAUCUCUUGGAAUACGCCUCUUGCCUCACCGCGAUUAUCCCGCGCUGCUCACAGCUGUCCCAGACCCUGAUCGGGGUGUUGGAUAUUGCACGAUAUCUGGUAGAAUCUGGAAAUGACCGAAAUGACCCCGUGUUCGACUCUCUUCUCUAUCAGCAGGGCAUGGAAACGCUCUAUAACCUCGUACGCGCUGUGGAUGAGCAGUAUCAAGCCGACAUUGUGAAAAAAUCCCCUUGGGUAACGAUUGAUACAAGCCCCUUGGUUCUGGGUGAUAUUUCGGCUAUCUAUAUUGCCCUCUGCCACUGCGGCGAUGAGUUCGCCUUACGAAUAGCAGAAGAUCUGUCAAUAACCGCACCUCGAAACAUCGAGUUGAAAGAUCUGGCCUCUAUUGUGUAUUACGGAUGGAGAUUUAGCGUCCUUAAAAAGCACAUCAUUGACGGCCGGAUGGAGCUACGUGUCUCCGGUAUCGAGGCAAUGCAAACGGAUUUUGUACAAGUUUUCACUGUCCACAUGCAAUCCGACCCGGUUGCUGGGAUCGCCCAUCCUCUCGUCCAGUAUCUUGUCAGGGUUCUGCGCGAAAGUAAGAUUAUCGAUUACCUCGUCGGCGUUGAUUCGCAUCCCCAGUUGAUCAGCCGAAGCUAUAACGUUCUGGGAUUCUUGGUUAUUACAGAGGCAUAUACCGAUUCCGAUACCGACACGAUUUGGAAAACGGUCACAGACAGCCCAGAUCCCAGAACAAUAUCUGAAGUGCUCGGAAUGGUACAAAAGACGCUCAAUAUCCGGCUUCGUGAUCCAUCUAGGCUGCAUUCCUAUUGCUCUAAGAUGCUAGAGCUCCCGCUUGUCCGGUUUGAUUCCCGGAUGGUGGAAUUCUGCCACCAAGUGUUUGUUAACCUCUUUGAAAGCUAUAACGACAGAGAGGACCGCUUGAGCACAUUUUACAUCGAUAUACGGCCGCUACGUCUAUGUGUACGUCUGAUCCGUGAGAGUGCUGCUUCCGAGGACCUUGCCGCGGACCACAAAGCGCACCUGCAAAAGUUUGCCGCCACAAAGCUGGCCUGUCUAAUGGACAUUGGCAUCAGCGACGUGGAUAAGAUGGAUAUCUACGAGCGAUGUGUUCAGGAUAUCGCGGAAAGGAACCAGUUCAGCGUCGGCAGCAUACAGGCCCUCAAUGCUCUUCUCAGCCGCGACUCUCGAGAAAUCCGGAAACUUACCACAGAGUUCAACCUUACACAGCUGCUGAUAUUGGACUUGGCAGAGGUAGUGGAUGGGAGCCAACCAGAUGCUACAGAUACGUUUUCAUGGAAUGGAUUUCUGCCGCGUGUGCAGAUGAUUUCACGGAUCAUCGACGAAGCGCCAGAUUCCAUCACACCUGAACUCGGUGACAUUUUAUGGCAGAGAGUUUUCAUGUCUCGACUUCUCCCUCAACAUGGAAGAAGAGCCUUAUGGGAAACUCUGUGUAAUAUCACUGUGAACAGUGGGAAGGAGAAUGCCUUUAUUGACCAAUGCAUUCAGCACUAUCUCCCUCGCCUUUCGCCGCCUACGGAUUACUUUCCUGAAGUGCUCGCUUUUGCUAAGACGACCCUCAACUAUCAGAUGCGCUUCUGUCCUCCACCUGCAGCCAAUGAGAAUGAAGUGGUAACCAUCCCAGGAAUGGAUCGGAUUUGGAGCUUCAUUCUGACUGCCCCACCGAAUUCUAUCGAGAAUGAAGCCAUUGCGUUUGCCAUAGAGGUAUAUCUUGAUCAUCACAUCAUUCGCCGCUCUCCACGGUCAUCAGUUGAAGCUACACAUAUGAGCCUGGUUGAUCGCUGCGUAGAUCAACUCAAAUCCGCGGCCCAUAACCUCAAAUUACACUUGAAUAAGCUAAAUGACGGUGAAGGAACCAUGGCAUUGGAAGCUCGUACUGAGGAGAUAGUUGCCGAUGAGCUGGAAUUCAGCCGUUCCCUCUUUUUCCUUCGGCAAUUCCUCCAGGCUUUACGAGCCCGGCCUCAGUAUAGCCCACCACAGCAUUCUCCUCCCAGCCUGCCAAUCAACCCGCUGAAAGGCGACAUUGUCGAUAUUCGCUACCAGGCAUUUGAUGGUGGCUCGAGCUCGAAAGUCCGCUCAUUGCAGAUCGGCGAUUUGUCUACCGCGUCCGAGCUUGUCGAAGCUCUCACCAAAGUGACCGACUUCCCAAAGCUUAUGACGAUAUUCGGAGGACAGCGGGCUGAUCUACUCGACAAGCCAGAUCAAACAGUUCGAGACCUGAGGCUCGGGUCAGGGUUGUUGAUUGUCCGUCGAGACCCAAGUUGCCGCGGGACUCCAGGACGAAGGGCCCCACCCCUGACCUCAGUGGACACUGAAGUCCUGAAACAUUUUGAUGAUCUCUAUGACCUUCUCAAUCUUGACGAAAAAUUAGCCCGAGAGAUCUUCGAGUUUCUUGUGCUCUUUCCUCCCCAGGAAAAGGUCAUUAAUUUGGUCAAGUCAACAAACGAACCGGCGGAAACAAUGCUCCCAAUGUCUAAGCCAUAUAAUCUGCUGUACUCUCUAAAUGCCCUUACAGACUGUCUUCGAGCAGAAGCCUUGGAGCCAUCUCCGAGCGAACCCUUCAUCUCACACAGUAUCGAGGUCGUAGUUGCUACCCUGACGCGGCCCGAAAUUAUGGGAUCCUCGACGCUCUCGCGUACUCACGUUCAACUUGCUAUCAAUCUAGCCGAGUGUCUCUACAACGCAUUGUUGGUGAAACCAGCCGUGGCAGGUGACGUGCUUCAAAUUCCAGAUUCCGGCGCUCUGGUGGAGCAACUACUCCGUCUGAUGGCUGCCGGGCAAAAUGCAUUUCCCUCUCAUGCGAUCGAGCUUGACAGGUUUAAGCUGAUAUGGUACACUUUUGGCAUUCUCAUCGAAGGUUCUGUUCGCGACUCCAGCUUUUGGACGACGAUAAAGCAGCAAGUGCAGUUUGGACAGCUCAUUCUCUCUCUCCUUAUUGAAGAGCAACGCCACAAUGUCAGAAAGGGCGUGGCAGACCACAUCGGCCUCGUUUGCAGCCCUUCGAAGCAGCUCAAGAAAGCUAAGCUUCCAGCUUCGGAAAUGCAAGAAGCACGAAGCACGGCGAUUUCCGAAAACCCGUCCAGGAUUGAUAUUCUCGGAACGAUAUGGGAUGCUUUUGUUCUUACUUUCCCUCGGGUAUUGGACUUUUCGAAUCAGUCACAAGAAUUCUUUGAGAUUGCCCAUUCUGUGUUUUCAUCGGUUGCGGAGAAAUCACCCCGCGAUCUAGUAUUCAGCGACUAUCUUAAACAGUGGAGUGACAUCAUGUUGAGCCACAAGACGAAGGAGUUUGUUGGCCGCGAGCCUGUAGAUCACCUCAUACUCGGCUUUUCGCGUCUUCUAAGAUCAUGCCUAGAAAUCGCGAACUCGUCGGGCAUAAAGAUCGACACUUUCAAUCUCGUCGAGCAGAUCCUCGAUAAUUACCUUUUUCCGGAUCUUUCCCCUGAUCCGUCGCCCCCCUCUCAGCUUCUGAUCCCUCAAAUACCUGUGAUGCACACCCAGACACGGCAAGAACUGUAUAGUCUGGUUUUGCAGCUUUCUCAUGAUGAUGAUAACUACACUUACCUCAUCGAAAGGUUGAAAGACAUCAUUCCAGAAGACCAUACAUGUCAGUUCGGCUGGAAUAUUGACCGACAGAGAUUGAUCCGGUCCCCUGAAGGUUAUGCCGGCUUGAAAAAUCUGUCGAACACCUGUUACCUGAACUCACUUCUAAGCCAGCUCUUUAUGAAUGUUGAGUUUCGCGAGUUCAUGCUUGGGCUCAAUCUUACAGAUGGCUACGCGACUCAGCGCCUGCUUGAUGAGACGAAGAAGGUGUUUGCAUACAUGCAAGAAUCCUGGCUUAAGAGCGUGGAUCCGGAGGAAUUUGUCGACUCGAUUCGCACAUAUGACAAUGAACCUGUCGAUGUGACUAUCCAAAUGGAUGUGGAUGAGUUCUACAAUCUUCUUUUCGACCGUUGGGAGGCUCAGAUUUCCAGCCCUGAGGACAGGAAGCGAUUCAGAUCAUUUUAUGGCGGUCAACUGGUUCAGCAAAUCAAAUCGAAAGAGUGUCCUCAUAUCUCUGAGCGCCUCGAGCCCUUUUCAGCCAUUCAAUGCGAGAUCAAGGGGAAAGCAAGUCUCGAGGAGAGCCUGCAGGCUUAUGUUGAAGGAGAGAUCAUGCAAGGAGAUAACAAAUACUCUUGCACGUCUUGCGGACGCCAUGUUGAUGCUGUAAAGCGAGCUUGCUUGAAGGACGUUCCUGACAAUCUUAUCUUCCAUCUCAAAAGGUUCGACUUUGACAUGGUCACGAUGAUGCGCAGCAAGAUCAACGAUGAGUUUCAGUUCCCUGAGCGAAUCAACAUGACUCCUUUCACAGUUGAGUAUCUGUCGGAAUCAAACCAGGACAUCAAAGAGGACAUAUUUGAGCUUGUCGGGGUCCUGGUACAUAGCGGCACCGCCGAAUCCGGCCACUACUAUUCAUACGUCCGUGAGAGACCAACGGCAGGCGGAAGUGGCGGCACCUGGGUUGAAUUCAAUGAUGCCGACGUGAGUAGAUUUGACCCUCGCAGGAUUGGAGACCAGUGCUUUGGCGGUCUUAGCGAGUCCCUCCACUCCGCUUCUGGGGGCCACGUACGUUACAACAAGGCCUGGAAUGCUUAUAUGCUCCUCUACCAACGCAUUUCUAGCAUAGAUGCGGCCAGAUCGGUCUAUGUACCAGAGAGCAACCAGUAUCCAAUACGUGUACCGCUCCCAGUGUCGCUUGCCAAUCAUAUCGUGAUGGAGAAUGAGCUUUUUGUCAGAACUUACUGUCUCUUGGACAAUUCUUACGCUGUUUUUGUUCGCUACCUCUUCAAAAAGCUGAACGAGACCAAGCUGGCAAACAGUGCAAAGGGUGACAAGCUGUAUCAGUCGAUGAUAUUUAUCGCUCUCGACACUUUCGAACAACUGGUUUCGAGGACGAAAGAUUCUCCCAGUGUUGAGCUUAUUGUUGCGGAGCUCUACAGAGCCAUUAACGAAUUUUCGACAGGACCCCUCAGGUUUAUCCAGUGGGCUAGAAAAAGGCCGGCUGGCGUCGCACGCCUUUUGAAGAGCGGAAACCCAAGCGUCCGUGACAGUUCAGUCAGACUUUUCGUGAACGCUCUGUCAAAGCUCCGAGAACGCCAUAUCACUGCAGAGGAUGCAACUGAAAAGUUGGAGCGGGAAUAUGACUACUUGGAGGGACUUGAACAUAUUGUCGCUGGCCUCGACGCCAUGUGGCCGUCGCUUCAUAGUCUCGCUCGGUCGUGGGAAGAUUAUUUUGAGUUUUUAUUGUGCAUUGGAAGCUUCGGCCAAGAAGAAAUCGGGAUUCUACUCAACCAUGGUUUUCUUGUCAAAUGUCUGGAGAUUGUUUGGCUUGAUCACGAGGAUGCCAAAAGGCUAAAGCGGCAAUACGCUGCGUACUACAGGCUAAUCGAGAAAGGCCGGAAAUUUUCACACCAAAAACUCAUGGAUGUCAUGUCAGCACUGCUCGCCAAUAUCGACCUUACAGUGCGACCAAUCUCGGACGAUGAACGGGAGGCGCUUCUGAAUGGAAAGUUCUCUUUGACCGCCACGGAAAACAGCUUUAUUCGCCCUCUAGGAUCAAAGUAUGAGCUCACAUUUCUGAAGAAGAUCCUCCAGCAACACAGUAACCCCCCGGCAUGCAUGCGAAUCGUCAGUCUCUUUAUGGAGGCAGAGCCGGAAGCUGGUCUCAUGGACCCGAUAAUUCAGGUUUUGGAAGAAGGCCUGCGCAUUGAUCCUGCUGAUCGCUGCACACCAUUUUUGGAGGCAAGCUUGGUUGUGUGUAAGACAUGCCCUGAUGAAGAACGCAUCGUUGGCAUCAUUGACUAUGUCGCCAAAGGUGUUGAUACCAUCAACACCAGUGGGGGCAAAGAGCAUCUUGCAUUCUUCACGAACCUGUUAACGAGCCAUAAUCAACGCCUUGGCCUUGAUGAGAAAUGGUUCCUAUCCCGCGUCAUGGAUAUGGUCCCAGACUGGGCCCCCUGGCUGCUCUUGUACCCGGACAGGGCAGUAAGAGCAUUGACGGUAGAUACUCUGCGUCGCUUAUUGUUCAAUGACGAAACGACAGGCCUCGACGAAGACUGGCAGGCCCGUCAUGCGGGCAUUGCCAAGGACCUGGUCUUGGCCUGCGUUGGCAAACUUCGGGUUUUGUAUACCUCGGGUCGAGGUAAUGCCUCGCAGGGAAGAGUAUUGGACCCAAUUCGAACGGUGAUUGAACAUUGCCUGGGCACAUACUUCAAUGGUGAUGAGAAAGAUGAGAAUGUGGUGCAUCAAGCGCAGACGGUUCUAGCGGCUAUCGAAGAGAUGCCAGUCGAGCUCCCCGAAGAAUUACCAUCCGAGGAAUGGGAAGACAACUCGAUGAUUGCGAGCGACUCGGAGAUGGGGAUGGCAGGAACACCCUAG